AUGUCAAAUGAGCUGUUCGUUGAGUCGGUCAUAACACAUCAUGCCUGUAAGAAAAAUAAACUUGUGUCAGUACUUGGCAAUAAAUCAAAUAUAAAUGAUAUUGUUAUUCAAAAAGAGGGGUACAUUCCCCCUCCUCCACCAGAGGGGUACAUUCCCCCUCCACCAAUUGGGUACAUUCCCCCUCCACCCAUGGGGUACAUUCCCCCUCCACCCAUGGGGUACAUUCCCCCUCCACCUGAGGGGUACAUUCCCCCUCCACCAAUGGACAUCAUAGAGCCACCCAUUCCUUCGCCAUACCCGUCACCUCCGCCACCGUAUCCAUACUCCGGUGUCCCUGAAAUUAUAGAACGGAAGUUUUACCAUAUCAUACCAUAUACUGCUUAAGCCGGUGCUAUGGAG